AUGGCACAAAAGUUUCGCACUUUACUUGAUCUGUGUAGACGAAGAGGGUUUCUGUAUCAAUCAGCAGAGAUCUAUGGUGGAUUAAGAGGUGCCUAUGAUUACGGGCCAUUGGGCGUUGAAUUGAAAAAGAACAUUUUGAAUUCAUGGUGGCGUCGACAUGUCUAUUACCGUGAUGAUGUGGUUGGCUUGGACACCAGCAUUUUGACACCGCAUCCUGUGCUCAAAGCAUCUGGUCACGUUGACGAAUUCACUGAUCUGUUGGUCGACUGUACAUUGACAAAGGAGAGAUUUAGACCCGAUAAAGCACCUGCAUUAACAACCGAUAAAAAUGGACAUAUACCCAUUACAGCACCCGACAAGGACACUGCUUUUGCUUGGAAAAAGGCAAUUCAAGAGCAAUUUGCACCCCAUGUCAAAAUCACAGUGGAAGGAAAGCGCAUUUUGCUGCACACCACCAGCAUCUCUCAGCCAGAUGCCAGAGGCCAACAUGGCAAGAUUGUGUUUGACAUGGUGGACCCAGAUCACACACCACUGGAGUUACCUUACCACGGCUAUGUCGAACCCAACACCAAUUCUCCCUUCUUGACAGACAGCAGACCUUUCAAUUUGAUGUUCAAGACCUUCUUGGAUCCCAUUGAUCCCAUUGACCGUGUCAUUCAAACCACCAUGGAUCAUCCCGAUGAUGCCAAGCCUGUCAUCAGAGAAGCUGUGGACGAGGUACUGAAACCAAGCACUGUCUAUCUUCGACCUGAAACUGCCCAAGGCGUGUUUGUGAAUUUUGAGCAAGUCGUUCGCACCAUGAAGACAAAGCCACCUUUUGGUAUUGCUCAGGUCGGCAAAUCGUUUAGAAAUGAGAUUCGUUUGGAACACGGCAUCUUUAGAACACCUGAGUUCGAGCAAUUGGAGCUAGAGUACUUUGUUGCUCCUUGGGAGUCAAGGCACUAUUUCAAGUAUUGGCGCAAGGAGAGAUACAAUUGGUGGUUGGAGCAUGCGUGCCAUCCCGAAAACUUUAGACAGAGAGAUCAUGCAUCGGAUGAAAUGGCUCAUUAUGCCACCGGAUGUACGGACGUCGAAUAUCUCUACCCUUGGGGCUGGGGAGAAGUAGAAGGUGUAGCACAUAGAGGCAACUACGAUUUAACACAACACAUCAAAAACACGGGCGCCAACUUUGAGAUUGUGGAAGAAACACAGCCUGUUUUCUCGGAUGCUGUCAAGGAGUCAGGUGAAGGAGAAGCGGAUCUAAUGCCCACUGAAAUACCAGCUCGAUACGUCCCUCAUGUGGUGGAAAGCUCUUGUGGCCUGAAUCGAGCCAUGUUGGCCUAUCUGUGCGAUGCAUUCCAUCAAGUAGAAGACGGUAAAGGAAAACCUCCUCGCAACGUGCUCAAACUCGAUCCUCGAUUAGCACCCAUCAAGUGUGCCAUCAUGCCGUUGACUGGUAAACCCGAAUUCAACUCACUCACCCAAAAGGUCGCAAAAUCGCUGAGACGCAAGGGAUUGUUCACAGUGGUAGAAUCACAAAAGCUCAAGAUUGGCAAACGAUAUUACCGUCAUGAUGAGAUUGGCACUCCUUGGUGUAUCACUGUUGAUUAUCAGAGUCUGGAAGAUGAUACCGUGACAAUUCGUGAUCGUGAUACUGGAAAUCAAGAAAGAGUGCAUUGGAAAAAGGUGCAUCAAGUCAUUGGUGAUAGGUUGAUGGAGGGUGAAGCUGAUGAUCUGCUGGACUAA